AGGCGUCCGUUCUUUUCUCGUUGGGUUUUUGUUCUUGUGAACAGAGAGGAAAAUUCGAAUUACUUGCGUUUUGUAGGUGUGUAGCGUUAGUGGUUUAGAUUGCACAGUGCUUUUUUUGUUUUUCUUGCAUAAUUCAAAAAACUUAGACAACGUAUUACUUUAAUAGUAGAAGCAAAUGCCAAGUCAUUCAAUGAAAUGGACCUGAUGUCCCACACCUCUGUUCUUUCACGAGCCAAAAAACAACAACAACACAAUACCACCAUGGUAUUUUGGAUGUGUACCAUGGCAUUCUUCAAAAUACCUUAAAAAGAGUACUGUGGAAGUACUAUGGUAUAGUUUUUUUUGUAUCAUAUUUUAAUAGUACCCUCGUAUCUUUGCGUUAUGCCCCAUAGUGCUUCCAUGAAUACCAUGGUUUUACCAUUGUACUUGUCAAAAUGUACCUUUUUUUUAACUGAUGUAAAUACAUGUUAUUUCCGUCCCAUACCUUGUACCAUGGUACCACCACAGUACUUUUCGGUGGAGGAUGCCUUAUCUUAUUUGGACCAAGUCAAAAUACGAUUCGGAAAUGAUCCGGGAAUAUACAAUAAGUUUCUGGAUAUCAUGAAAGAGUUUAAGUCUCAAAGCAUUGACACACCAGGAGUUAUUAACAGAGUUUCUCAGCUCUUCCAUGGGCAUCCUGACCUUGUCCUGGGGUUUAAUGCCUUUUUACCGCCUGGUUAUCGGAUCGAAAUUCCCAAGAACGGAAUGGCAUUUCUACAGUCCCCACCGUCUUCACAGCCCACGUGGACUUUCUGGCAGAAGACAAAAGAAGAGGCGGAGCAAGUCUCUCCAGGGCCAGGAAGGAGCACGGGCAGCUCUGUGGUUAGCGCCUCUUCGUCAGCAGUGGCUGAAGCAGGGCCAGCUCCGAAUGAAGCCGUGACCUCUCCGGAGAGCGUCGCUUCAUCAUCUGGACCUCCUGAACAAUCAAGCAGGUUGUCACUUCCUUUGCCCAGCCGAGAGAGCCAAUCACAGCCGGCCCCCACUUCGGUAUCCCCUCCGACAUCAGAGCCCAGCCCUGUAGAGUUUGACAGCGCCAUCAGUUACGUCAAUAAGAUCAAAAACCGAUUUUUGGACAACCCAGAAACCUACCGGGCCUUUUUGGAAAUUCUGCAUACAUACCAGAAGGAGCAGCUGGAGGUGAAGGAGAGCAGAGGGCGAAGCACUGGAGGAAUGACCGAAGAUGAGGUUUUCUCUAAAGUGGCUAGCCUUUUCAAAGGUCAAGAGGAUCUGCUUGCGGAGUUUGGCCAGUUUUUGCCUGAUGCAAAGAGAUCUCUGUUUACUGGAGGUUCUUUGCCUGGCAAAGACAAUCUGAAGAAAGUAGAGGAUGAGGAAAUGAAUAAACCGAGCAAGAAGAGGCCUAGACCCAUGUUAUUGCCCCACAUGACCCCACUUCUGAAGAAAAAAAUGAAAUAUUCCUGUUCCAAGGACCCAUCUUUUGCCUCUGUCGGAAAGCAUGGAGUUUUACGGGAAUUCACAUUCUUUGACAAGGUUCGCCGUCUGCUUAAGAGUCAGGAGGUGUACGAGAAUUUCUUACGCUGCAUAGCUCUGUUCAAUCAGGAAGUGGUUUCAGGGGCCGAACUCCUGCAACUUGUGACUCCAUUCUUGGGGAAGUUUCCAGAACUGUACACCCAGUUUAAGUCAUUUUUGGGUGAUAAAGAGCUGUCUCAUGCCAUCACUGGCCUCUCUGACCGCUACAUGGAGGGUGGAGGCAGAGAAGUGGAUUACGCCUCCUGUAAACGCCUGGGUUCCAGCUACAGAGCCCUGCCCAAGACCUACCAGCAGCCCAAAUGCAGUGGCCGAACUGCUAUAUGCAAAGAGGUGCUGAAUGAUACCUGGGUCUCAUUUCCUUCCUGGUCAGAAGAUUCCACUUUUGUGAGUUCCAAGAAAACACCAUAUGAAGAGCAGCUUCAUCGCUGUGAGGAUGAGAGGUUUGAGCUGGAUGUUGUGCUUGAGACGAAUUUGGCAACGAUAAGAGUCUUGGAAAGUGUGCAAAAGAAAUUAUCCCGCCUUUCGCCGGAGGAUCAAGAGCGCUUCCGAUUGGAUGACUGUCUGGGUGGAACUUCUGAGGUCAUCCAGCGGCGUGCGAUCUAUCGUAUCUAUGGCGACAAGGCUCCGGAGAUCAUAGAGGGGUUGAAGAGGAGUCCAGCCUCUGCAGUUCCUGUCGUACUCAAAAGAUUAAAAGCCAAAGAGGAGGAGUGGAGGGAGGCCCAGCAGAGCUUCAACAAAAUCUGGAGAGAGCAAUAUGAGAAGGCAUAUCUGAAAUCACUGGACCACCAGGGUGUCAACUUCAAACAGAACGACAUGAAGGCUCUCCGAUCCAAGAGUCUUCUUAAUGAAAUAGAGAGCAUCUAUGAUGAGCGACAGGAGCAGAGCACAGAAGAGGGUGGCAUGGGCCAGCAAGGUCGUGACGGCUCGGGCACAGGUUCGACCAGCGAACCCCACAUGAUCUUCACUUACGAAGACAAACAGAUCCUGGAGGACGCUGCCUCCCUCAUUAUCUACCAUGUCAAGCGGCAGCCCACCAUCCACAAGGAUGACAAGGACCACAUCAAGCGUAUCAUCCAGCACUUUGUCCCCGACCUCUUUUUCGCCCGUCGUGGAGAGCUUAGUGAGACAGAAGAGUUCACGGAUGAGGAGGCCGAAGGUGAGGACAGUGCCGUCACAGGAGGCGGAGUCUCAACAACAGGUGGCCAGCAACAACUGAAUGGCGAUUUCAGACGAAGACGAUGCACUUACCCUCAGAGCAUGGAUACCUCUAUGGCCGCCCAUGGCAUGAAUCCAGAAGGGGAGGCGGUGGACCUGCGGGACCCAGAGGCUGAGCACCAGAAGGAGCUGGAUGGAGUCUACAACCUGUACUUCGUCAAUAAUAACUGGUACUUCUUCCUACGGCUGCACCAGACUCUGUGCUCACGGCUGCUGAGGGUUUACAGGCAGGCUGAGAGACAGUUACUGGAACACAGGGCCGAGCAGAAUCGGGAACGGCUGCUCAUAGGAGAGGGGCGCAGAGAAAAGGCAAACGACCUGGCCAUGGAGCUGCGUCUAAAACAACCCAGUGAGGUGGAGUUAGAGGAAUAUUACCCAGCAUUCUUAGACAUGGUACGCAGUCUACUAGAUGGAAACCUGGAUGCCACGCAGUACGAGGACACCCUGAGAGAGAUGUUCACCAUCCAUGCUUACAUCGGAUUUACCAUCGACAAGCUUGUUCAGAACAUCGUAAGACAGCUUCAGUACUUAGUCAGUGAUGAAGUGUGUCUGCAAGUCACUGAGCUGUACCUGGCCGAGAGGAAGAGGGGUGCCGCUGGUGGAAAUCUCUCAUCCCAGUGUGUCCGUGCUGCUUGGGAAGCCAGCUACCAAUGGAAGGCUGAGAGAGUCAUGGCUGAAGAAAACUGCUUCAAGGUCAUGUUCAUUCAAAACAAAGGUCAGGUGACCUUAACCAUUGAUUUGCUGGACACAGAGGAGGCCCAAGGCGAUGACCCACUGGAUGUUCAGAACCUGUCUAAUUAUAUGGAGCAGUAUAUAGGAACUGAGUCUGUGUGUUCUCAGACAGAAGGAUACUUCUUCAAGCCUGUGUUUCUACCUAGGAAUUUGAGGCAUUUCCGUGGCUGGCAGCUCAAGCAGGUGGAAGCCAUGCGCUGCCGGAGAGAGUGGCAUCGGAAGAUGGGUGUGGAGACAGCCGGGAACCUGGACUGCCGUUUCAAACUCAACACACACAAGAUGGUGUUUGUGAUGAACUCCGAAGACUACAUGUACCGCCGAGGGGCCCUGGUGAAGGCUCGGAGGUCCCAGCACAGAGUAGCACAGGCCCAGCACGAGCACUUUGAGCAGUGGCACCGCGGCUGGUUGAGCGAGCACGUGUCACCCGCCGCAGAGCGCAGCGUGCAGGACUGGCUCAUGGGAGAAGAGGAUGAGGACAUGAUCCCCUGCAAGACCACCCGUGUAUCCAUGCAGGUCAAAGGCUUGCAUGUCAACAGGUACAAGGUUCACUACAACAGCAAGGCCCCCGCUUCACCGUAACAACCUCAAGCCUUGGGAUGGAUUUCUGUGAUCUCUCUCUCUCUCUCUCUGUUUUCUCUCUUUGUCUCUUUCUCGCUCACUCUUUCAAAUGUCCAAGCAUAAACAUGCUUGGCUGAAACACGGCGAACAGACAGGAGUGGUUUGAGGACAGACAGCUGCUCAAAAGAGGGAGUGCUUCACUGAAAAGCAUCACAUCUCGACACUAGUGUCCAUCAUGAUCGAUGCAGUUACCAGACGUUUCAGAAAUGUGAAUGUUCUUUUU